ACUUGCCUGACUGUUUGAGGUGAAGCAGAGCACAGUCGAUGGCGGAGGGGAUGACAGAUUGAAGCACUGGGACUGUGACGACUUACAUGACUUUAUGACUUUCAGCCAGUAUCAUCUUGUCCUACCUGAACCACCUUUUUGCCAAAACUUCCACCAACUGCUGAACUGGAUAACAGUCAGUCCCGAUGCCACGAUGAGGCUCUUCACCCCCGCCACGAAAACCACAACCAUCAGAGCCAUAACAACAAAGAGGUUCCUCACCCACCAUGUCCUCUCGGCAACUCGCCUUUCCACAACUAUAAUAAGAAUAACAACCCACCAUGGCAGUCACAUAAGACCAUACUCCUCCGAAAAGGGCAUUCCCCCAUCACCUCUUUCCUCCCAAUCCCAAUCCCAACCUCAAUCGACCUUCAACCCCGAAACCUAUCUCCAAACCGCCACGACAACCCUCUCCCUCAUCCCACCCAAACUCAUCCCCGACACCCUCCACCCAACUCAAUCCCAUUUGCUCUCUCUCGCUUUAUCUUCCCACCUGCCGAGCAUUUGUCUUCCCCAGGGCUUUAACGCUCAGCCCCCCUCCCCCAACAAGUCCAUAUUCCCAUGGCCUAACCAGGAAAACAACGAGCUACCGCCGGGGUAUCACCUGAUUUACUACCCCCUCCAAACCCCUCCCCACUUGCUCUUCCCCGACGGUACAGACGCCGACCAUUGCCCUGGAAGUCCCUUUACGAGGAGGAUGUGGGCGGGCGGGAGGAUUGACUUUGGCAAAGGGGGUCCGGACGGGGAGCAACAACAACAACAACAACAAUUCAAGAUGGACGGGAGGAAGACAGUUUGUGUUGAGACGCUAGGGGCGCCUGUUUUGCAGGUUGUUGGGAACAGCGGGAAGAAGGAGCAGGAUCAGAAAGUGUAUGUGGAUGUUUGGAGGCGGUAUAUCGCUUUCCCGCCGGAGACAAGAUCGAAGGAAAUCGAAAGGGUGGUAGCAGAUGUCAUCAAGGGCUCAUCAUCAUCAUCAUCAUCAUCAACAACCCCCACCACCACCACCCACAAAGAGCGCAAAGAAGAAGGCGUAAUUUCUGAACUCCGCCGCCUCGUCUUCCUUCGUGAGAAGCGCCCCGACGACGACGACGACGCCGAGCGCAGCGACCCUUUCCCAAACCCAAACCCAAACCAUCAUCCCCAACAGAAACUUAGUUCCGUACCAGCUCCAGGUCCAGCUCCAGCUCCAGCGAGGAUCAUCCGCGUCCCCCACCAACCCGAUUUCUCGUUUAAAAUGACGCCAGACGCCACUUUGCUCUUUCAGUUCUCCGCGCUAACAUUCAACGCGCACGCUAUCCACUUGGACCCGCUGUACGCGAGAGAGGUGGAGGGGUAUCAAGAGCGGUUGGUGCAUGGGCCGUUGACGUUGGUGAUUAUGUUGAGAGGGGUGGAGGGAUUUUUGAACAGGGCUGCUGGGACAGGUGUUGAUACGACGACAGACUCAUCGGUUGGGACUGGGACUGGGACUGCUGCUGGAGUCUCCGAGGUGAUUAAGGAGAGGUUGUUUAUCCCGCCGCCGGGGGAAGAAGAAGAAGAAGAAGAAGAAACAGCGGAUGGAAGAAAAAAGAGAAAGCGGUGGUGGGAGAUUGCAAGUAUAGAGUACAAAAAUCUCCGCCCGCUGUUUGUAGGUGAGGAGAUGAAGGUUUGCGUGAGGUUGUUGCCGAACAGAGAGAAGAAGAAGAGUAGCGACAAGGCGGGCUUAGGCUUGAGUCUGGGUGCACGCAGCGAGAGGGUUGAUGUGUGGAUUGAGGCGCCGGACGGGGGGUUGGCUGUAAAGGGAACUGUUGGAAUCGAAUGGAGGUAGUGAAGAGAGAGGUGAAGAGACGUUAAGGUACAAGACCUGUACUUUCUCGUCUCCCCGUCUAUAGAUUUACACCCUUGCCUGUCCAUACAUAUUCGGAUACUCCCUAUAACCUUCAACUACCAGGUCUCUCAGAUGAGCUGCUGAUGAAUUGGGCCCAGUAGCUGUGGUCACAAACUUGAAAC